CUGCCCGAGAGCGAUUGUAACAACCAGGAGCCCGGAGAGCGAGCUAGGCGGGCGUUCUGAUUAGCGCGCCGGGACAAAGUAAAAGAAUCUUGGGAGGCUGAACGUUCCAAAGAAGUUACAUUCCAGGGUCGGAGCAGCAGUAACAAGCGGCAGCCCGGGGGCCGCUUUCUCACGGAGGCGGUGGAUCUUCCAGCCCUGGUCGAGCGGGGCGAAGCGGAGGAGAAAGACGGGGGGGUUUAUACUGGGGGCAGAGAAAAUGAAUCGGAGUUUUAAUAAAUCUCAGAGUUUGCGGUAUUUUGGUUAUAGUGCGGUGGAAGUAAAAAGCAAGUUUGGUGCAGAAUUUCGAAGAUUUUCUCUGGAUCGCUUCAAGCCAGGAAAAUUUGAAGACUUCUACAAACUUAUCCUUCAUAUCCACCAUAUUUCCAGUAUGGAAGUAAUGAUAGGCUAUGCUGAUAUCCACGGGGAUCUUCUUCCCAUUAAUAAUGACGACAACUUCCUCAAGGCCGUUUCAAGUGCAAACCCACUGCUUAGGAUUUUUAUCCAAAAACAAGAUGAAGCAGAUUAUGGAAACUUUGGUUCCAACACCUUAACGAGGAAAAAGAAAGCUCUGGUGACCCUCCGGAAUGACAACCUUCGCCGGCGCCCCCAUGUUAAUAUCAGCAUGCCUCAGGACUUCAGACCAGUGUCUUCCAUAAUUGAUGUGGAUAUUCUACCUGAAACUCAUAGAAGAGUGCGACUGUAUCGACAUGGGUGUGAGAAACCACUUGGAUUUUAUAUUCGCGAUGGGACCAGUGUAAGAGUGACUCCUCAUGGGUUGGAAAAGGUUCCCGGCAUUUUCAUCUCACGGAUGGUUCCUGGGGGGUUAGCUGAAAGUACAGGCUUGCUUGCUGUCAAUGAUGAAGUCCUGGAAGUGAAUGGUAUAGAAGUGGCAGGAAAAACCCUUGAUCAGGUGACAGACAUGAUGAUUGCCAAUAGCCAUAAUCUUAUCAUCACAGUCAAGCCAGCAAACCAAAGGAACAAUAUUAUCAGAAGCAGUCGGAUGUCUGGGAGCUCUGGUCAGUCUACAGACAGCACUGCCAGCCAUCACAGUUUGCCUUCUUCUCAUGUCCUGCAGAACUUCCACCCUGAUGAAAUGGAGAGUGACGAGGAUGCUGACAUCGUAAUUGAGGGCUGCUUGGAACCACAGCCCAUUCCGAAAUCUCACAGUCUUCCUUCUGGUAGCCUUUCCCGAAUCAAUGGCAACAGUCUUAGCCACAGACUACAAAGAGACCUAGUACUCAACAACAGCUUUGGACGAGAAAGCAACGGCAAUAUUCACAAAAUCCUUAGUUCCUUAAAAACUGAUCCUCGUCAUAGUUUAGUUAUUCCCAAAGGAGGCAUUGAAGAGGAUGGAACAGUGAUAACACUUUAAUGGCCAUUUUGAGUUUGUAUUUCUGUAAUCUGGAAGUGCCAACUGGAACAACUCAGUCUACACGCAGAAGAGAGAACAGUCACUCUCAUAAACGUUCUGGUGUGUGAUACACGUUACUUUCCAGGAAGGACAAUUUUUGUGAUUAGACAUAAAAGUAUUGUCUAGGGUAACCCAUGAAAAAUUGUAAAUAUGAUUUCUGCUUCCAUGUUCAAAAUGAGGGAAAGAACAAAAUCCUACAUUUUUAAAAUGAAAUUCUUCUAGCUGGGUUAAAUUAUAUAUCUGCUGUAUGUGUGAAGAUACUUGGCAUACAUGUAAUUAAUUUGGAAAUUAACAAAAUUUGGAAUGCAGGUUUAUAAAUUAAUCGUGGAGGAAAAAAUCAAUUAUGUUAUCUUCCAAAAACUGAUUUUCUGCUACUAGGUAAUUGCUCCCUAGCUUUUUUACACAGAAAACUGACUGUAUUGCACCUAAAUCUGGCAAAGGCUGCCUUUAAAGAACAGCUUUCUAUCUUGACUAUAGUUGAGGGCAUGCUGCAUUUACUCCUUCUUUUCCUUUGGGAAUGAAACUUUGACCAAAUGAUUUUGUGUCUGUAUGUUUGUAUGUAAAAUCUUACAUGGGUGAGAAAUUGCUACUGUUGGCAUAAUUUCUUUUUAGAUCAGCACCCCCUGCUGGUCAUUGAUAGUUCUGUCUGCAUAAAUUUAACCUUUCUGUUUUAUCUGAAAAAGAUGCAGUAUGAAUGCUGGUUUAGUUAAUGCACCACAAUAACGUGGGAUGUGCAUUCUAUUUUUAUUAUUGAAAUAUUUAUUAGACAAAUACUCCCAUUUUAGUGACCAUUGAUUUCACCUUCUGAUCUUGCUAAUGGUCUUGAAUAAAUAGAACUUAGAAUCAGGUUAUGCCUCUGUUCUAAGGCAGUGUUUCUCAACUUUGGCAACUUCAAGCUGUGUGGACUUCAACUCCACACAGCUUGAAGUUGCCAAGAUUGAGAAACACUGUUCUAAGCUAUCAUGAGCAAUUCAGCUAAAUUUGUUAUAUGAUUUAAAAUUUAAACGAAUUCACUGAGUCUUUAAUCAUUAAAAUAUUUACUUGAGGGGGGGCAACCUAAAUUAUUUGUUUUCUAAACCUUGUGGAGCUACCUGCGCCUCACAAAUCGAAAAUGCCAGCAGCGCUGUAAGGAUUAAGUCAGCAACAGACAAUUCUAAAAGAGCCUAGCUCCCAGCUCUGCUUUUCUAAUCCAUAAAAUGCCAGAAUUUGUUAAAAUGGUUUAUAGAGAAAAUACGAAUAUAUUCCUGAGAUGCCUAGAAACAAAAUAUAAUUGUUUUACAGUGUAUUUUUCUACUUUUAGCUUUAUUAUUUUCUUUGUUUUUUACUGUAUAGUAUUGUGUAUUAAAGUGUUUCCAAAGGAA